AUGGAGAGGGCUCAGCUGGUUACACUCUCCAUUGCCAUUUUAAUGGUCACUACAGGGUCUCUCAACACGAUAGCCGCGAAGUAGGUUGUCUUAAGUUUAUUGUUAUUGGUGUUUAGAUGGGCUGACAGUAUUGUUGUCGACGGACAGAAGUUUGAUCAUCCAUUCUUCCAAGCAACUUGCAUGUUUAUUGGAGAAUUCAGUUGCCUUAUUGUUUUCUUUUUGCUAUAUUACAUUCAGAAACGUCGUUAUAACAGCCGAAAUCAGAUCGGAAAUGACGGAGCUGUGUUUGACUUGGACGACAUUGACAUUGAGGAGCCGAAGUUUCCUAACAUUAAUCCAUUCAUCUUUUUGCCUCCUGCUUGUUGCGAUGUGUUGGCGACUUCUUUGAUGUACAUUGGAUUGAAUCUUACUACGGCUUCAUCUUUUCAGAUGCUGAGAGGUGGGUAUUUUAAUGUAAUUCUUAUUACUUUCUUUAGGAGCCGUUAUCAUCUUCACUGGUUUGUUGUCUGUCGCCUUUUUGAGGGCCCAUUUACAACAAUUUAAAUGGCUCGGUAUGAUCUUUGUUACUCUUGGACUCGUCGUUGUUGGUUUAUGUGAUAUUUAUGAUAGCAGUCCCUCUGAAGAUACGAAUGCUGUAAUCACCGGUAAGGGUAAUUUUGGUUUAUUUGAUUUUUAGGCGAUCUUCUCAUCAUUAUGGCUCAAAUCAUCGUCGCCAUUCAAAUGGUUACCGAGCAGGUGUUCCUUGAGCAAUACGAUGUUCCCCCUCUUCUGGCUGUCGGUUUGGAAGGUCUCUUCGGAAUGGUGAUCCUCUCCUUGUUGAUGAUUCCAAUGUACUUUAUCCAUGUUCCUCAUACCUUCUCACACAACCCAUUUGACCGUUUAGAAGACGUUAUUAAUGCUUUCCAUGACAUCAAAGCCCAGCCGAUGAUUGCGUUGGCUUUGACUUGUACUAUUGUCAGCAUUGCUUUCUUCAACUUUGCUGGUGUCAGUGUUACGAAGAGACUCUCCGCAACUUCUCGGAUGGUUUUGGACAGCGUGAGAACUCUGGUUAUUUGGAUUCUGUCGAUUCCUCUGUUUGGAGAAAAGUUUAUUCCGUUGCAAGUAAGGUUUUCAUAUUUUUUUUGCGUUGUGAGGGGGGUACCUAAAAUAAAUUUUUACAUAAUGACCCCUCACCCGAGAAUUUUUGGUCAGCUACGCCCCGGGUUGUGAUUUAAUAAACACUGGUCUUUUUAGCUGAUUGGAUUUGGGUUUCUGAUUCUGGGAAUGUUCAUCUACAACGAUCUCUUGUUUGGUCCAUAUAUUCGGCAGCACUUUAUCCCCCGUCUCAGUGGUGGCCCCGGUCUUUUCUGUUCUCGUUUCUGGGGAAUCGAGGUUGAAGAUACGAAUGAGACAUCUCUUCUCGAAGCUGAUCUGGAAGAGAACCUGGAAGAACAAGAUUAA